AUGACCAAAUCUUCUCCAACUCCUCACGGUCAACCACUCACAAAAGAUGCUAAACAUUUGGUGUCUGAAGUUCGACUAAAACUCUCGCAACCCAUUCAUCCAAAGUUUGACACCGAUUUCAACGUUUAUCGCUUCAUACUAGCAGCGGAAAGACAUCACAAAAAAGAGAAAGAAAUCAUCGAAACAGCCUCAAAAGCUCUCAACAAUCAUCUGCGAUUUAGGAAAGCGCUGGACUUGGACACCGAGGAGAUCGUAUCGUUUGACGAGAAUCCGAUCUUUGUGAAGAGAUUGAUGCCAAAAGGGGAAAUCCAGUCAUUGACCGAUCAACACAAUCGACUGCUUUGGUAUAUCGACUACGCGUCGAUUACGGUUGAGUCAAUCGCCCACACAAUCCCCUCAACAUUCACCUGUAAAUGUCAAUUCUGGCAAUUCGAGCAAAUGCUGAGACGAGUGAUGGAGCAUGAAGAAAAGACUGGGAAAUUCAGCUCUCUUCGUCAUAUCAUUGAUUUGGAUGGAUAUGAUUUGAAUCCAUUCACGAUGCUCUUUUUGAGUAGCGGAGCAAUGGCUUAUUACACGCAACUCUUUCACUUUGAGCACUACCCAGAAUUGGUGUCUCCUUGUGAAACAGUGAAUAUCCCCGGAUGGGUUCACAUGCCAUACAAAUUGAUUCGAGGAAUGAUGCCCGCUGGGUUCACUGAUCGUUUCAAACUCUAUGACAAGAAAUUCCUCGACAUAUUGAAAGAAGAGAUUGAUGUGAAGAAUAUCCCGGUGACACUUGGAGGAGAGAACAAGGAUAUCCGCUGCGUGCCCGCUAUCAAAGUCCCAGAAGAAAAAUACUGGCAACCAACCGACAAUGAUAUCCUCGCCGUACUCGAGAGUUUCCCCGUGCCAGCAAGGAGAGCACGUCACUUUAUCAUUGAGGCAAAAGAAGGAGAGACAUUGUCGUGGUAUUUUCGAACCGAUGGCGAUCUGUAUUUUGGGGUUUUCUAUCAGCCAAGCGAUGAGGCAAAGCAGGAGAAAGAUUUGGAUUCGGAUUCGAUGGAAUUGGUGUAUCCUUUUGUGAAAGUUGCGGCUAAGCUUGUUCACGAGAGGGACACGAUGAAAUGUUUGAAGAGUGGGAGAUACUAUGCCCUAUUCUGCAAUCGUCACGCGUGGAUCUCGAAGAAAACAGCUGAUUUGAUUGUGACGGUGACAAAUGACGAUGGAGAGAGACGAAGGAUACACGCUGAUGGGACACACAGUAAAUGCUCGCUUCUUAUA